AGAGGCGGUGGCCAUGCUGUUGGGCGCGCAGGCAGCGGCAGCGGAAUGUGAGGACGCGGAGCUGCGGUGCCGCGUGGCUGUGGAGGAGCUGAGCCCGGGCGGGCAGCCGCGAAGGCGCCAGGCCCUACGCACGGCGGAGCUGAGCCUGGGUCGUAACGAGCGCCGCGAGUUGAUGCUGCGGCUGCAGGCGCCCGGGCCCGCGGGGCGGCCGCGCUGCUUCCCCCUGCGCGCCGCGCGCCUCUUCACGCGCUUCGCCACGGCCGGGCGCAGCACUCUGAGGCUCCCGGCCGACGGUGCUCCCCGGGCGGGCGCCGUGCAGCUGCUGCUCUCCGACUGCCCCCCGGACCGCCUGCGCCGCUUCCUGCGCACGCUGCGCCUCAAGCUGGCAGCGGCCCCAGGUCCCCCGCCGGCCUCCGCACGCACGCAGCUGCUUGGCCCGCGACCCCGCGAUUUCGUUACCAUCAGCCCCGUGCAGCCCGAGGAGCUUCGGCGCGCGGCGGCCAACCGGGUCCCGGACACCACGCCCGCGAAGCAGCCCACGACAGAGCCCCCGGCGGGGGCUGAGCCCAGCACGGAAGCCCCAAGGUGGCCCCUGCCCGUGAAGAGGCUGAGCUUGCCCCCCACCAAACCACAGCUCUCUGAGGAACAGGCUGCUGUGCUGAGAGUUGUCCUGAAAGGCCAGAGCGUCUUCUUCACUGGGAGUGCAGGGACAGGGAAGUCUUAUCUGCUGAAGAGAAUCCUGGGCUCACUGCCUCCCAUAGGCACUGUGGCCACUGCCAGCACUGGGGUGGCAGCCUGCCACAUUGGGGGUACUACCCUCCAUGCCUUUGCAGGCAUUGGUUCAGGCCAGGCUUCCCUCGCGCAAUGUGUGGCCCUGGCCCAGAGGCCAGGUGUGCGGCAGGGGUGGCUGAACUGUCAGCGGCUAGUCAUUGACGAGAUCUCCAUGGUGGAGGCAGACCUGUUUGACAAGCUGGAGGCCGUAGCCAGAGCUGUCCGGCAGCAGAACAAGCCAUUUGGAGGGAUCCAGCUCAUCAUCUGCGGGGACUUCCUACAGCUGCCGCCUGUAACCAAGGGCUCCCAGCCCCCGCAGUUCUGCUUCCAGGCCAAGAGCUGGAGGAGGUGUGUCCCAGUGACCCUGGAGCUGACCGAGGUGUGGAGGCAGGCAGACCAGACCUUCGUCUCUCUGCUGCAAGCUGUGAGGCUGGGCAGGUGCUCAGAUGAAGUGACCCGCCAGCUCCGGGCCACGGCUGCCCACAAGGUGGGGCGAGAUGGGAUUGUGGCCACGAGGCUCUGCACCCACCAGGAUGAUGUGGCCCUUACCAAUCAGAGGCGGCUGCAGGAGCUACCAGGUGAGGUACACAGCUUUGAGGCCAUGGACAGUGACCCUGAGCAAGCCCGGACCCUGGAUGCCCAGUGUCCCGUUAGCCAGCUCCUUCAGCUAAAGCUGGGGGCCCAGGUGAUGCUGGUGAAGAACUUAGCGGUGUCCCGGGGCCUGGUGAAUGGUGCCCGAGGAGUGGUUGUGGGGUUCGAGGCUGAGGGGAGAGGGCUGCCCCAGGUACGGUUCCUGUGUGGAGUCACCGAGGUCAUCCGUGCUGACCGCUGGACAGUGCAGGCCACUGGGGGCCAGCUCCUCAGCCGGCAGCAGCUGCCCCUCCAGCUGGCUUGGGCAAUUUCCAUCCACAAGAGCCAGGGCAUGUCUCUGGAUUGCGUGGAGAUCUCUCUGGCCCGUGUGUUUGCCAGUGGCCAGGCCUACGUGGCCCUUUCCCGGGCCCGCAGCCUGCAGGGCCUGCGUGUACUGGACUUUGACCCCAUGGUGGUUCGCUGUGAUCCCCGUGUGCUGAGCUUCUAUGCCAACCUGUGGCGGGGCAGGGGCCUCAGCCUGGAGUCCCCAAAUGAUGGUGAGGCAGCCUCAGACCAGGAGAACGUGGACCCAAACCUUUGAGCUGCAAAAAGAAGACAAAGGGUGGUCUCUCCCUCUUCCUGCUCCCUAGUGGGCCAGGACCCCAGGGGAUAACAGGCGGAGGGUGGUCAGUGUCCCUUUCUCCCUUCACUAGGGGCUCCAAGCCUCCUGGCACAGUUCAAGGGAGUGUGUUUCCCACCCAUUUGCCAGCUGUGCCUCAGUUUCUCCCCUUGCCCUGGCUGAGCUGCUUCUAGGGUCAGGAGCAACCCUUUCCGUGCCAGUUGGGAAUGGGCUGUGGUGGUACCCAGUGUAAGAGGACAGAGCUUUCUGUGAGGGCUGGCCACAUGGUCGUGAAUGCUGCUCCUUUUGGGCUGCAGAGGGGAGAGGCGGUGAAGACAGGUGCUCCAGGAGCAGGAACAGGCCGUAGCGGUCCUGGGGGAACUCAGGCUGAGUACAGGCUCCAAACAGAGAAGGGAACCUGGAGGCAUCUUCCCAGCUAGGACCAGCCUAACACAAGCCAGGACAAACACCCUCCUGAGCCUACCAUGAGAACACGCACUGUGAACUGUGCACCCGUAUCUUAAGCUGCUUCUUCAGAGAAGAAAUGGUGUUUGGGGGUAUUGAAAUGGAUAUUCUCAAAUUGUAUUUAUUUAGGACAAAUAAACUUGAGACUUGUG